AUGGCUGGAGUGGAGUGUACAGGGAGAGAGUCCACACUGAAGAACUGUCCAUCAGAUGAUAGGGCAAUUGGAAGCUGUCGUCAUUAUCAGGAUGUCGGAGUCAUCUGUUCAGUUGGGACGGACUGGUUUGGGGAGGGCAGUGACCCAGUACGGGCUGAUGUGUUUGAUUGCCAGGGUCACAGGUCCCUCAGACUGGUGGGUUCUGGGAGUGACUGUGCAGGGCGUCUGGAGGUUUUCCACAAAGGCUCAUGGGGAACAGUGUGUGAUGACUCCUGGGAUAUGAAGGAUGCCCAGGUGGUGUGCAGACAGCUCCAGUGUGGAGAGGCCCUCAGUGGACCGGUUCCAGCCUGGUUUGGUCCAGGAGCUGGACCCAUUUGGCUGGAUAAAGUGGACUGCCAGGGGAACGAGACGUCCCUGUGGAGCUGUCCAUCAGAGGGAUGGGGUCGACAUUACUGCGGACACAAGGAGGACGUGGGAGUGCUGUGUUCAGACCAUCUACCCCUCAGACUGAUGGAGGGAGAGGGCCAGUGCUCUGGGAGGCUGGAGGUUUAUCAUGAUGGUACCUGGGGCUCAGUCUGUGAUGAUGACUGGGACAUUAGAGAUGCUCAGGUGGUGUGCAGAAACAACACUGACUGCUCCCAUAAGGAAGACGCUGGAGUCACCUGUACAGCCCUGUCUAAGAGGAAACACAUGACUCUGCCUGAUGCCGUCUAUGAGGAGAUUGACCACAGACUCCUCACUAAGAGAAGCAGUAACACUGUUCAGAGAGGUCGUGCUCUCUCAGAGGGACAGAACUCUGGCUAUGAGGAUGUGGGGGAAGAAGAGCUCCUCUCAGAGUCGUUAAUAGAGGAAAAAGCUGAGUAUUACGAUGAUGCAAAAACUACCAGUGACCUGACAGAGGAAAAUGUGACAGAGGCUCCACCAGAGCGCUAUGAUGAUGUCAUCACUGUAGGGAAGAAGUCUGGAAGUGUGACAGAGCUGACUGGAAUAAAGAUCUCACUGGAGUUCUCUGAUGAUGUCAUCAUGUCAGGGCAGGAUCCAGGCAGUUUGAUUGUCAUCUGCUCUGGUCACAGGUCCCUCAGACUGGUGGGUUCUGGGAGUGAGUGUGCAGGGCGUCUGGAGGUUUUCCACAAAGGCUCAUGGGGAACAGUGUGCGAUGACUCCUGGGAUAUGAAGGAUGCCCAGGUGGUGUGCAGACAGCUCCAGUGUGGAGAGGCCCUCAGUGGACCGGUUCCAGCCUGGUUUGGUUCAGGAACUGGACCAAUUUGGCUGGAUAAAGUGGAUUGCCAGGGGAACGAGACGUCCCUCUGGAGCUGUCCAUCAGAGGGAUGGGGUCGACAUGACUGUGGACACAAGGAGGACGUGGGAGUGCUGUGUUCAGAGUUUAAAGAGAUCAGACUGACUGAAGGCUGCUCUGGGAACCUGGAGGUUUUUUACAAUGGAACCUGGGGUAAUGUCUGCAUGGACCAGAUGGACUCAGACACAGUGUCUUUAAUCUGUCAAGAGCUGAACUGUGGAAAGAGUGGCAGUGUGGACUGGAGCACACCAAGACUGGCUUCAGCUCCAAACUGGCUUGACCGUGUACAAUGCCGCAAACACGACAUCAGUCUAUGGAACUGUCCAUCUUCACCCUGGGGCCAGAAUGAAUGUAAUACAUUUGAAGUGGCAAAAAUCACCUGUUCAGGUAAAUUACCUUCAAUUUUCUCACCAGCUCAGGUUUGUUGUCUAGACCAUCUACCCCUCAGACUGAUGGAGGGAGAGGGCCAGUGCUCUGGGAGGCUGGAGGUUUAUCAUGAUGGUACCUGGGGCUCAGUCUGUGAUGAUGACUGGGACAUUAGAGAUGCUCAGGUGGUGUGCAGACAGCUUGGCUGUGGGCCGGCACUGAGGGCUGAUGGGAAUGCUACCUUUGGGCGUGGAGAGGGAGCUGUGUGGCUGAGCAGGGUGGAGUGCAGAGGAAGUGAGAUCCACCUGUCUGACUGCUCUCUCUCCCUGAAGAACAACACUGACUGCUCCCAUAAGGAAGACGUUGGAGUCACCUGUACAGGUAGGAGAGAGACAGUGGUUCCCAUGGCUACUGUCAUCAGACCUGAGUCACAGAAUUAUCUGAAGUAUUUGAAUGACUGGGCCCUGUCCCAACACUCUUACAUGUCUCCUUUACCUUGUGUCCUUUUCUACUAA